UGAUAAAAUCAUACAUGCUUGAUCUCUGAAGCAGAAUCAACUAAGUCGUAAUUAUACGGCAUAGAAUUAUGAAAACAAUAUUAAUUAUAAGAUAUUUUUAAAUACACUAUAUAUGUUCUCUGUAGUGAACAUUUUUCAGACGCACAAAGUUGAGUAAUUUUCAAACCGCUGAAGCUCGGCGAAAAAUCAUCGCGAAUAUCAAUCAACAGCGAUUUGAAAAUUGGUCAAUUUUAAGCGUCUGAACAUCUCGACGCGGCAGAGCAGUGCGGCCGAUUACCUAAGUGCGCGCCAUUAAUACGCACGAUGCUGUAUUAUUGCUCGCGAACGGAUGCUGAUCACUCAAAGUUGAUUGAAACUGGAUUCAAUCGAAUAUCAGUCAUCGUCAACUUGUCAAUUUUGAAAUGAGUAGUUCCGGUCUGAUGCGCGCGUUUAAAACAUUCCGUGAACGACAUGGUAAAUAUCGCGGAGAGAUAGAAGAAAAUUAGCCGCUUCGAUCGGCCGGCAGGCUCCGCUCGGUAUAAGUAAUAAUCGGUUUCGAGAUGCAACGUGAUGGAAUGGAACGAGAUGAGAAGAAGCCGAUUACUCUCGGCGUUCGCGCGCGGCUUAUUAUUUGUGCGACGGAUUCUGGAUUUCACACAUUUAGCAAUUAUUCGCAUGAAUCACGGUGUGCGUAUAUACGUGCGAUAAAAGUCACGGAGAGAUAUUACAUAACGCUUUAUUCGCGGCGAUCCUCCCACUUGGAUCAGUCGAGAGUAGAUCUUCACUUCGCCUUCACUACGCGUGCCGCCGGCCGCUACUACCGUUAUCGGGCGCGAUAUCCGCAUAUUUUCGAAGAUUUGUCGGCGAGAGAGGAUAGAUGCACGAUCGCUGAUUGCCGAUCGGCAGAGGAGAGAGGAAUUUUCAUCUCGCUCGAUUAUCGUAUCGUGAAUGGAGUCGGUGUACCAGUGAAUGGCAUAUAAAGCGAUAUAAAUAUAAAAAUAUCUUGUCGAAACCGAUAGCACUAUAGUGUUAAUUUUUAAUUAUUAUUAAUUCAACAAUAUUUGAAAUAAAUCAACGUAAAUACUAUUAAACAUACAUGCAUCGUAUUUGAGAAACUUUAUGUCGAAAGCGGAGGAUAUUAGCUUUUUAAAAGAUGCAGAAGAACAGCAAGAAAAGAGGAAUUGACCGGCGGCAAAGGCGGGAAGCUAUGUGCGCAAUUUAACGGGGAUUACGACCUUAACCACUUAAGAAGUCGCGGCGGUAAUCGACGGGCCCCAAGCGCGCGAGCCCGGAGCGGACCUCGCGAGCGGGCCUUGAGUGCGGGUCUUAAUCGGACCUCGGGGCCCGACGAGCUAGUGGCUUAGCCUAGCGUGUUCCGACGUGAGCCAGUUCCGACGUAGAGCGCGAGCGACCAAGGCUUAAUCCUAAUAGAACCGGCUGGGAUCGCAUCGCGGACUCCAGCUCGGCGCAACGAUCGAAGUAUCGGAGAAGGAAAUCAGCAACCGGAAACGAUGGGCCGACCAUUGCACUGGAUCAUAAUAUUGCAGUUAUCGUCCGUCUUGGCUUACAGGUACGAUUGGUAUCGCGCAAAUACGCAGCGUCCAGUCGAUGUAGUCACUGAUGUUGUCAACGAUCUUGGAGUGAAGAUUCUUCAGCAAUAUUCAGCACAUGGAAACGUGGCGUUCUCGCCCACGGGGAUUGCUUUCGUACUGGCAGCGUUGUACGAGGGAUCCGCCGGUCGUGGAAGACAACAAAUUGUCGAAAUCAUGGGACUACCUAAUCGGGACGUUACCAGAAUCGGUUUCAGGGAUAUUCAUCGGCGAUUGAGAAGUUACCUUAACGCUGAUGGCUUCCUGGGCGGUCUGACGCUAAGCAAAGAGAACACCAGACUUCGUCCGGAAUAUGAAGAUAUUCUGAGAUUUUACGGCUUCGAUCUGUCGAGUAUCGAGCAAGAAGCGAACGUCACCGUCAGCAUGAGCGACUCAUCAACCAAACUUCCAAUGCCGCUCCCGGUUGCGCCGGACACGACGACGAUAUUGACGGAUACCGCCACGACGCUUUUUUCGGCUGGUGCGGAAACAACAGUCGCUUCAUCGACCGUCACGAUACCGGCGAAUGUCGACCUGCAAACGACAUCAAUUACAAGUUCUAGAAUAGAUGCCCAAAAUAUACUGCCGACGCAGUCGACAAAUUUCCUACCUGCGGUCACUUCCGGCGAAAGUGCUCAACCACCGUCUUCAACUGUUGAUCCGAAAAGUGUCGUGGAUUCACCGAAUACCGUUACGCCAGCGAUAAACACCGAAUCACCACCAACAACAGCCGUGAACAGUCCAACGAACGCGGUAACUAUGAUCGAUGUUGUGGACAAUCAGAAUCCACAGACUCCUCCAACAGUCGGUGUUAGUGAAGCUGGAACAAAUGAAACUGUAGCCAAUAUCAUUUCUAAUACAAACGCCAUGGGAAAUCUAGAAAAUACACUUUCAAACGCAUUGGCAACUUCAAACGCGAGUAUUCAAGAAUCGAUGGAUUCAGGAGUGACGAUGGCAGUUGUAACUGAUGCUAGUGAGACAAUAUCGAUGGCUACCGAGGUACCAUCAACUCUCGUUUCAAACACCGAGCUAUCGAUGACGACAAAUACACCAAAUUUAUCGACUACGGCUACCGCAAGCGUGAGUACCGAAGUAUCGAUGACUACGAGUACAAUUAUUUCCAACAUGAUACUCGCUAAUGCGUCCACCACCACGAAUUUGCCAAUUUCUGUGACGCCGAUGAUUUUAAAUAAUGGGAACGCAAUUAAUUCGAUUAACGGAACAAUGAUCGAUAACAGUAUUAUUUCGCAACCAAAUACGGAGAUAUCUAUGUCGACGGAUACACCGACGGGAAAUAUUCCAGGAAUGACUGCUAUGAAUGAUCUUACGACAACACCAGUGAUUAAUGUUGAUGGCAAUGCCAUGUUAGUCAGUUCUGCAGUAGGAAACGAAGAUAACUCCGCGAUUGCAAAUUCCACGAUGAAUAAUCGGACAGUUGUAAAUUCUACGAUAAAUUCUAUGACAAAUAAUGAAACCGUCGUCGCAUCUCCGAUAGAUGAAAAUAUUGUUUCGAUGAACCGGAAGAAGAAAGUGGCUGAGAGUGAAGCCAUUAAAUCGGAAUCAAAUCUGAAAAAUAUAAUGAACGAUAAUAAUGAGUCAACAGAUGGAUUACCGAGUCUUCGUAAACGCAGAAGUCCACGUGGAUAUUUUUCUAGUUAUCCAGACGAAGGCAUCUGGAUGCAGGAUUUAGAGAUUUGGAAAUCCUAUAAUACACUGAAUCCAGGUGAAUCCUCCGAUGAAGAUUCCGCAACAGAAAUAUCGUUUUUGGUGAACGGUUGCGAUAUUUCUUCGGUUUCGGCUUCGAGUUAUAUCGCUGUGCUGCCUUUCGCGUACCUUCCAUCGUUGCACGCUGUAGCACUCGAGUUUCCUUUGGACGAUCCCCGGUAUAACAUCAUACUUCUUAUGCCGACGGAUAAAACGGACACGCAUCGACUGGCGAGAGAUCUCAGCGGGAAACCAUUGAGAUCGUUGAGGAAGCGAUUACAACCUACUUGGGUCAGGGCCACUAUACCUUCCUUCAUGCUGCGUGGUUUCGUCACAUUGACGUCAUUUUUGCAAAGGUUGGGAAUCUUGGAUGUGUUUGAGCCGAGAGCGGCCGAUUUAUCACCUAUGACAUCCGAUCUCGGCGUGUACGCCCGAGAUGUGCAGCAGAGUAUAGGGGUCAAUAUAAGGAAUUAUAUGAAACCCGACCGGACCCAUUCUCGUGAGUCGUCUAAUAUCGUUCCACCUCGAAGGGACUAUUAUCGAUACCUACCUCCAGGUAACGGUCUGUUCGAGAGAGCCGGGCCCGUGCCUUUUACAGCUUUGCAUCCUUUUCUUUAUUUCAUCGUCGAUACGGAGACUUCGGUGAGUCUGAUUGCAGGUCGAGUGAAUGACCCGCUGAACUCGAGAAUUCUGUAGGGAUGUAGUGAUGUAGUGAUGCUGAAGGUUUAAAUAAACACUCGUUUAUUUGGCGAUACUUAUAAAUAGUUUUAUACUUUAUAAUCUAGACUUCUCCUCCUAGCUUGCACACAACUUAAUACACGCAAUUAACAUUGUGCUCUGUACAAACUCCUAUUUGUAAAUAAAGAAGUAUAAAGAUAAGAGGCAGUGUAGUUUGAAAUGUGCAAGAUUGAGCAUUAGGAAGAAUAUUCCGAGUUAUCUCGCGUUGCAGAGUAAAGGGCAAACAUUUGUAUAAUAUAUCUCACUAAUUGACAACAGCAGAUACUUAUCGUGCAUUUGCUGCGAAAAUUACGAAGGUAAACAUUCUUAUAGAUAUUAAAUUUCGCAUUUACACUGAUUUUUCACUGGCAUAACUUCUCAUCAGUUUUAGAUAAAUUCGUUUAAUUUACAGUGAAGUUGCUUGACAUUAAAAAUAAUUGUUUUUGUAACAAACUUGUGAAUGUGUAAUAUGUUUGAAUUGUAAUUUCUUCGCAGUGCGCAUCAUAUUAUUCGUAUAUUCGAAGCACAAAAAAAUGUUAAGAAUAACAAUAUAGCCCCUUUAAUCUGUCGGACUAUUCUUUCGAUCUCUUUAUUACAAUUCAGACUUUCCUCGGUUGCUUAACUACAACCUUAGCAAAUAUAUAUUAUUUCCUUACUUAGACUUUUAUAUAAAUACAGAGUUGAGUGCGUGCUGCUACAAUGCACGGGAUUUCGCAUACGUCGCUAGUAUAUGUAUUCGAUGAUUCGAUGAUGCUCUGAUUCCAACUCUUAUAGUGUGGAGUACCUCUUUAUUAUAUAACAAUCACGAUGCUAUUUCGUGAGUGGCAGUGUAAAUGCAAAUAAAUAGAUGCAAAUGAUACAGAAAACACAUUCUCAUCGGUGAGAAAACGAUCUAGGCUGAAUCACGUGUUAUAUUUCGAUAUCGCGCGACACGAUAUCACGAAUCAUUUAUCCGCGUAUGGAUCUUGCUAGAUUUUGAGUAUUUCUUCGUUCUUGCGUUAUC